AUGUGGGCGGGUCUGUGUGUAUAUAUAUAUAUAUGUUAACAACUUGUCUUGGCUGACUACUCUAGUGAUCCAACAGCAUCAGGAUCACACCGAGUACAACAUGAAGGCCUGGAUCUUGACAGCGCUGUUAGGGGUGUCCCUGGCCAGUGUUCGCCCGCCCAUGGGGGUGGUGAGGCUCCAGUACAGUGACCCUCAGACAGACGACCUGAUAGAUCUGGAUGUGUCCAUCAACACUGUAGACGACACAGUGGCUUUCCAUAUGAGGGGACAAUAUAGCAUGGAGGAUGUUGACAACCUCGAGGACUACAGAGCUGGAUGGGGAGCCAGUAAGGUGUUGGUAGACGAGGCUUGUUACCUUCGUAAGUUGAACACGUCACUAAACGACACCAUUGAUAGACUCCACGAGUUAUCUAGCCGAGGAGUGCAGCAUAUGGAGGGAACUCUAGAUAUCUCUGCUAUUCCCGCUGAGGAUGUGGAAGACUGGGCUGGGAAACGCCUUCGAGAUUUCUGUGGUGAUUAUACGAUGUACCAACUAGUGGUUUCUGAGGGCGAGGAAACAGCUCUGGCGGAAGAGGGAACUGAAGAGAGGUUUUUCUGGCUUCCAUUUAGGAGGUGUUACUUUUUCUUUUUUUGGUUUAGAUGUAUUACCAUAACCAUAAUCAUCCCUACCGGCGUCACCUUCUUCUUCUUCUUUGGGUAAGAGGUCUGUUGUCUUCCACCUUAGAGUUAAACACAUGGUUGAUGGUGAUAACAGCUUAUACUUUAACUACUGAAUUGAUGCGGUGGAAAUUCUGGUGCUAACUUUAUUUAAUGAAGUAAACGACCCAAAAACCGAAUGCUUAAAAUACUGGUAAGAAUCUCCUUUAAGUGAGAGAAUUGAAUCUUUUUUAACAACAAUUAAACCAUGUAUGUACUAAAGUGGCGAG